AUGAACGGAGUCGACAGCGGGCUCGCAACUUCGCUCGCAGAAUCAAUGGGCGGUCUUGCGAUCGGCGUGCAGGUUCCUAACAUUACGAUAGUGUGUGGGGGUGAUAGGUACAAGUGCAGCAAAGCGGCCCUUGUCAGGCGGUCGCUUUAUUUCCAAAUCGCUUGCCACGCCGAUCGAACGAUAAGAAGCAAUCGCAUCACGUUUCCCGCGCAAAAGCAGAGGCAUAUACGAGCCAUGAUGCACUUUCUCAAAACCAACACGUAUAUCGGCCCGGUGGAAGUCGUGGACCGGGGGAUGACGCCAUGUCAGAAGAACUCCGAGCAACCCGCCGGCGAAGAAAAUGGCAUGAGCAUUGAGUUCAGGAGCAACGACCGCGCUAUCCUCCACCACUUUCCCGAGUUCGAGCAUAGCUGGAUUCUGCAUGGUGAUAGAGCGGUAAAAGCUAGCAAGAUCAUCACUCACCACGAGCUCUUCAAUGAACUGCAGCAGGGUAACGAUGAGGGCUUCGUGUGCAUCGCCCCCGGCGAAUAUUGGUGCCAACCCGAGCUUCUUCCCCAAGCCAUCCAAAUUUCCCUCCUGAUCUUCCUCCGCCACCUCAAGUCCCGCCGCACAGACGUCAGCAUCAAUCCGGUCUUCCAUGCCGAGAUGUUCAACCACGUCGCCGUCAAGUACAUGCUUCCGGACCUACAGUCGCAUAUCGUGCAAGCCUUCCGCGAAGGAUGCCAAGCAUGGAUCAACACGUCGCUCAUCCGCGAGAGCUCCUUCAUCACGGCGGCGAAGAUUAUCCUGAAGCCGAUCUUGAGACCACGAUUGGGUCUGCAAAAGGGCACCGACUGCGAGACCCGGGAGAUGGGUGAAGCGCUUGUGUGGAUACUAGCUGUGAAUUGGGGAUGGAUGAUACACGAUGAGGACGUGAUGAGCUUUCUCAGCCAAAAGCCCUACCACACUGUGAUUAAAUGUGUAGAGCAUGUAGUGGAGGCUCUUGCAGCACAGUGGGAGGAGAAGUUGGCAGCGCAAGCUGCAGUGCCUGUUUGA